AUGCAAGAGGCGGAUCAAAAGCAAGCAAUUGAAUUGACUCACGGAAUCGAGAAUGUUUAUGUAUUAGAAUUGUCCUUGGAAGGCAAUAUAUUAUAUGGGACGAAUAACUUUACUGAGCUGGUUGGAAUCCCUGGUUUGACUUUAUUUGGAAAAAGUGUCCAAAGUUUACUGCAAGAUGACGAUAAAUUCAACUGGGCUACCCAGCAACUACUUGACGAUGACUCCAAGAGCGUUCGUAUCUCUUUAACCCUGUCUCCAAUAACCCAGGCCGAAGAGCAAAUAUUUUUCGAAGAUGAAGAAAUGGAAGCCCCCGUAGAACAACCACUUGAACUUGAUUGCAUUGGAAUCCUCAUUCGCGAUUCACAAACGAACGCUCCCUCUUAUACCUUAUGGGUUUUGAGGCCUAUCAAACUUUUUGCCGAAAUCAAACAAGAAAUCGGGCGUCAACUCACUCAGUUCCUUGGCUUUGGUGCUCAUUUACUCGCUGAACAUCUUCACAAAAUCAAGGAAAUCCCCUUUUCGAAUCCCCCGCCACCUUUCCAAACGAUCCUUUGUCGCGUUUGCGACCGUGAAAUCCAGAAUUGGUUCUUUGAACAGCACUCCGAGUACUGUUUGCUUACCCAUCAUGCAGAAGCCCGCGUGCAAAGAGCCAAUGAUAUGCUAAAUGAGCAAAGGAACGUUUUGCAAACCCUUUUGGAUACUUUGGAUUCCACAGGCUACCAAGAAUAUCCUAGCGUGUAUUAUACGGAUAUGGCAUUGGCCACCGUCCUUCCUCCCUCUCUUCAGGGUUUCUUACAGUCACACUGUUCUCAAAAUAAGAAAUCCGAAAAAGUCCGCCAUUUCCUUUACAGCAUGCUCCUGGAAACCCUUCGGUUCAUCGACUGUUCUCUCGCCAUUCACGUUCCUUCCUUACCCUCUAAUGAAGAUGACCAUCAAGAGAUGCCUUUUAACUCUAUUCGUCUCCUUUCUCCCGCCAGCGAGGUUUUGAGUGCAAAAUCCUUAUCAUGGUGUUUGCCUCAAGUUGAGGAUCCUGGUCUCAAAAAGCUUUUUGACGACAGUAACGCUCUCGUUCAAGCCAAGCUUGAUGCGAAUACUCGUUUAAUGAAUAUCGUGUACUACGCAGAACGUUUACGUUGUGAAGUUGAAGACCAAGUGCAAUCCAUCGUUGAACAGUAUGCUCAAGAUCAAGAUCAAGAUAUCCAGCCUUCUUCCCUGAUCAAAGAUGACCUCGAUCCCUCUUUGUUAGACCAACCUGAAUCUCCAUCUCCUUCGUUUCAUCCUUUUUCUGUUGACAGUUCAGCCUCCUCUUAUUCACUGGGUCCCAACUCUAGUAGAAUUCCGGCCCUGUCUCGAACAAAUUUUGAGUCAGUCACCCCGGCUGGCGAAAAAGCUAUCCAUUCGUCAGGUAAGAAUGCUCGUCAGUACUUCCCCAACCUUGGUUCCGGUAAUUCCCCUUCGAAUAAUUCAAUUACGAGUAUUCCUAUCUCCUCUCGUAGAAAAUCUGUCAGUACUAUGAAUGCAAUUUACGGUGUCGGGUCCUACACCUCUGAUUCUUCGCCAAAGCUGAAACCUUCUUUAUCUUUAGAGCGAAGUUCUUUGUCAAAAAAUAUCGAUUCCCUUGGUCAGCCUCUAAGCAAACAAGUAGGCAUCUCUACUAUCGCUUCUUCCAACUCUACUUCGAAGGGAAAUCCUUCUAUUCGAGAUUAUGAAAUUAUCAAGCCCAUCAGUCGAGGAACUUUCGGUACGGUUUACCUUUCAAAAAAGAAGUCUGUAGGUGAGCUCUACGCCAUUAAGGUCUUACGCAAGGCGGAUAUGAUAAUGAAAAACCAAGUUGCCAACGUCAAGGCUGAAAAGGCUAUUUUAAUGGCGCAGGAGGAAUCUCCGUUUAUUGCUAAACUCUACUACGCCUUUCAGAGUAAAGAUUACCUUUACCUUGUAAUGGAAUACAUGAAUGGUGGUGAUUGUGCUUCUUUGUUGAAAUCAUUAUACGCUAUACCCGAGUCUUGGGUAAAGAUUUAUUUAGCAGAAGUGGUACUAGGUUUAGAGCACUUGCACAAGCUCGGAAUUAUCCAUAGAGACAUUAAGCCUGAAAACAUAUUGAUGAGUUAUAAUGGUCACUUGAAACUUGCUGACUUUGGACUCAGUCAAAUGGGUCUCAGUACAAGACAAUUCCGAUUACAAAAAGCAAAAUCCAGCCUAUCACCUCCUAGUUAUCAGUCGUUGACAUAUUAUACAGAUUCUAAUGAACCACUUACAAGUUCUCCUUCAAUUUUACCUGCCAAUGUUGGAUUUAACAGCCUUAUCAGAGACUCACCCAGAAAGAAAAGAAACGAAUCUUUUCUUUUUUCGUACAAGUCAGAAAAUGAAGGGUUUGAAAGCUCGAGCAGUGAAUCUACUAACAAAAAUGGUGAAUCAGGGUCAGAGUUCGAAUCUCAAAAGCGCUCGCGCGCUUUUUCUAACCAGUCUGUUCCUUUUUUUAAAAUGUCUGAUGCCCCUAGAAAAUUUGUUGGGACUCCAGAUUAUUUGGCUCCUGAAACGAUCCAAGGCAGUAAUCAAGAUGAUAUGGUCGACUGGUGGGCUUUAGGUUGUGUAUCUUUUGAGUUCUUAUUUGGCUAUCCUCCUUUUCAUUCUAAUACACCUGAAGAGGUAUUUGAUAAUAUAGUUGCUAACCGAGUUAAUUGGCCUGACUUGGAUAUGUAUCCUUGUUCUGCGGAAGCACUUGAUUUGAUGAAAUCAUUUUUGAUACUUAAUCCUGAAGAUCGAAUUGGAGCCAAGGGAAUUCAUGAAAUCAAGCAACACCCAUUUUUUGAGGGAAUAAAUUGGAACGAUAUAUUAAGUCACGACGCUCCGUUUGUUCCGAGCCUUGAGACGCCCCUAGAUACCAUAUAUUUCGAUGAUCGGGGUGCAGUUAAUUCAGAUGGAAAUGUUACUCCAUACGAUGCAGUAGAGGAGGAUUCUAUGAACUCAGGUGAGUCCAGUCGUCGCAUGCAAACAUCUUUGAACCGACAGUCGCAUUUUCGCGAACGAAGUCUCUCUGGUAGACGCUACCGUCGAUUAAGUGAAAACAUGAAUGAAUUUGACGAGUUUGGAUCGUUUUCUUACAAAAACUUGAGUGUGCUGGAUCGAGCGAAUAAAAAUGCUAUUGACAAGAUUAGAUCCGAUUUGAAAUCCAAGCUCCACAUAACACCUCCUGCUCCGUCUUCUGCUCAAAAUAGCGAAGUUUCUUCUGCAAAGGGUUUUGAUAAUCAACAACCAUAUAGUCCAGGCAUACCAAGCUUCUCAUCUGUUUUUUCCUCUCAGGAAUCUACGCCUCGAAAAGCAUCGGGUGUCAGCGGCGAAUACGAUCUCAAAACUAAAGUAGAAUCUGCCAAGCCUAAUGCAACUGACUUUGUCAAACAGUUACAUUUACGCAAGCAUAGUGUUACAAAUGCGUCAAUUGCUUCUUCGGAAAGCGAUGAAUUUUACACCCUUGACCUUAUACAAACCAAUAAUCUUUCAACUGAUCAAUUGACGACGCUAAAGUCUGAUGAAAUUCAGUCAUCCCCAAUUUCUUCUCCUUCAGUAAAUUCUCCUACAACGCUAACUCCUAUUGCUCCACUGAAAGUGGUCGUCUGUGUAGACAAAGUAAGCUCGUUUUCUGAACUUAUAAGUCGUUUGAAGUCAUACAAGUUUCAAGUCACAGUUGUAGAUGACGAAGAUAAAAUCUUGAGAGUAUUGAUGUCUGAUGAAAAGUUUUCUCUGAUCUUUUUACAACUUGACUUAAUUCGGAUAUCAGGAAUCUCGAUUUUGAAGAUUGUUAGGUCGAGCAGUUGCCCUAACAGAAACACACCGGCAAUAGCCUUACUGCCUUCCAGGAUUGAUAUCAAUGCGGCGGUCCCACGUUUGUUCGAUGGCCGUUUAUAUCUUCCUAUAAACAGUUAUCUUCUUCGAGGUUAUAUAGCCCGACUCUGCAACCGAUGA